UCGUGACGAUAUAACUUGAUUGAUUCACUUCACUCCAAAUUCAGAGACUUGUGUUAAGCCAAGAUGAAACAAAUGUGUUUAUGUACUUUCUCUGCACAUGGCUUAGAGUCCACACAAUACUAUUACGUUUUUCUUUAAAACACAAAACAUUUGAUUAAAAUUCACACAAGAUGCUCAUUUAAAUCCUACAGAUGCAUUGCUUCCUUUUUUUCAGUGUAGGUUGGUUAGUUAUAAGCGUUAUCUUCUAUCACUGCGGCUCAUCUCUCACACAGCCAACGUUACAGAUGAGUUUUGUCAUAAGCAUUGACUGAUCUAUAGGUCCAUGCCUAAGAUAUUUCAUUUUACAUUGUGCUCUAUUGUAAUUUUUACACAUUUUACUGUGUUCUAUUGUAAUUUUUACACAUUUUACUGUCUUCAAAUCAUUUUACAGUGAUGUGCAGACAUUUGAACUGAAUCUAGCUGCAGACAUUUUGGUCAUACAAAUAAUCAUCAUUAAGUGUUUAAAGCUGAUUCUGAUAUUUACUGAACCAAUGUUUAUCUGCCUGCAGCGAGUUUCCUGUGUCUCAGCAGAACAUCUGAUAAAGUUGUGACUGAUGAACAUCGUCUGCAGCCGAGGCUUCAGUGAUCUGCACCAGCUUCAUUCUGUAUUCAACUCACUCGGCUUCAGUGCUCAUCCUUAUUGUGCACCAAGGCUUUGCUGCUCACUAAUUUAUGAAGCAGAUGUAGAAAAAAUUUUGCAAAUGAAAAGUGAAUUGCACAGAUAUCACUUUAGCACUAUUAUAAAAACAACGUCCCUCCUUGGCCCAUAACACAUUAUCGUGUCUUUGCAGUGGUUAAAGUGUAGAAUAGUCACACAGGAAGAACAUUCACAUUCUGAAGCGCACACACAGUAACUCUUAAAAAACUGGUCCUUGUUUUACUGAGUCGGUCCACGUUCGAUUGACCACAUCUGUCUAGGAGGACGAGGCCUCCUCAGUCAGGGAGGACUGGACCUGGGUUCUACUGGACCUGUAGGUCACAGGUUUGAUGCCUGACGUCACAGAGCCGCUGCUGUCGGCUCUGAUGCUCCUCAUGCUCCAACCAGACUAACAUCGGCGACACAGCUGCAUUUUGCUGUGAGUCCAGAUGCAGUGAAGGCGACUGUGAGGCUGCUGGACACUGAGACCCCUGCACAGCACCGUUAGAGGGAUUCUAGGCUCCGACUCAGUACAGCAGCUUGAAGCCGUGUUCCUGACGUCAGUGACUGUGGGACGGAGCAGGCAGCAGUGUGUUCACGCCUGCCUCUCUUAGAUCUCACACAUCUAUCUGAUGCAGAUAGACACAGGCUGCUGUCACGCAGAGAUCAUAAGGCAGCAGCUGGACACAGCAUCACAGGUCGCCCUGCGUCGUUCCAAGGUAACGUUCCCGCUUCACAUCUGUGUGUUCCAGCUCCUGGUUCAUCAGGGGCCAUGACGUGAACCAUCAGCCAGACGUUCAGAGUCUGACUGGCUUUGAUCCUGGUGCAUUCCUGGUGUCGGCUCUGAACCGCUGGUCAAAUGAACAGUUCUACUAGAACUUUACUGACACUUUAUUCAACUCUGUUCUUUUCCAGUUUCUCAGUGAAGAAUGAAUCAGAGCGAAAUUGAGAGUGAUGACUACAACAUCGAUGGGUUUUAUAAUGAAACAGAACCUGCGAGCAUAUAUGAGCGUUACAUGCAUGUGAAAAUACAGACGGUUUCAAGAUGGUUGAACGUCACCAUCGGCCUCGUCCUGAUGCCCGUCGCCAUCUUUGCUGUUUCCUCCAUGGUGAAGAAAGACAAAGGUGCUCCGAUCUACGUCAUCAACCUCCUGGUUUCUGACGUCAUUCAGCUCUGUGCCAUGAUCAUUUUGCAGACAAAAGUUGAAAGAACUAUAACUUUUGGUGACUUCAUGUUCGACUUUGCUCUGGUGGCCAGUGUGGGCUUCAUGGUGUGCAUCGCUCUGGAAAGGUAUUUGCUCAUCGUCUGGCCGCUGUGGUACCGAAAUAGACGAACGGUCAAGAUGUCGCUGCUGCUCUGCGCUGUGGUCUGGGUUCUGGCGUUGUUCUUCUUAAUCUUGCACUUAGUCGCAUUCUCAAACGAUUGGUAUGGUUUGUUCCUUACCAUUUCUGGCGUCUUCCUCCUCCUCCCGUUUCCUCUGCUCGUGUUCUUCCUGGUUGGGACCUUUAGAGCUUUGUCUGCCUCCAUCAGUGUUCGUGCUGAGGAAAAGCGUAGAAUUGUUGGACUUCUGGUUCUGGUGCUGCUGAUUUACACACUGCUGUUCCUGCCUUUCAUCAUUUUUUCCCUGGUACAUCCUAAAAAUUUUGGGGUGUAUUUUGUUGCUUAUUUUUUUAAUGAACUCAAUCCUGUUGCUGACUUGUUUCUGUACAUCUUCCUCAGAAAAGGGGCUGUGAACCAGGUUCGGUUCUGUCUCUGUUGUUGCAGAAAAAACAGAAGUACUCGUCAGUCGUUCAGUGGUUUGAAUGAUGGUGAGACAGUCACAAGUUCGUAAUCAGACAAUGAAACAUUCUCAGGUUGUAGUUUUCAUCUUUUGUCAGUUGUGUAGAAUUUGAUAACAAAUAUCCCAUAAAAUUUUAAAUAUCCGUAUGUGUGUGUGGAGACAUUCUGUUUUUGUGUGAAGGACUAAUAAAA